AUGUCACGACAACGCCUCACAAAAGACAAAAAGUCCUCAACAACAUCCGGAAAACCCACUCCGAUUGAUACGAUAGCGAUACAUUUUGCACGCGAGAUAGACGUUAAAAUCACCAAAUCCCGCAUAAUUUACGAGAAAUUGCAAGUAUUUAUCGAGGAACGUGUGAGAUUCGUUCACACCUUUAAUUUUCCUUAUAGUGUGCUUUACCAUGAUCGGGCUGGAAAUGAGCAUGUGAUCGAGAACGGUGAGCGAGGGGAUGAAGCGGUAAAGCAGAUCAAGGAUUUACUGGAAAGCGAGGAGGGAGAAUAUGUUAGCGAUUUAUACAUUAUGGUUGAUAAGUCGGGAGGAAUAAAAACGUGGUUAUUUUAUAACGUAGACACUAUUUCGUUUCUCAUCACUCUUACCUGUGUGAUUGGUUUGAUAUUUUCUACACGAUUUGAAGUAAAAGCUGCUGUGUAUCUUAGUGGCGCAUUCUUGGCACAGCGUAUGGUGAAACACGUCGAAUUACCUGGAUUGCCAAAUUUCGUGAAAAAGUAUUUACGAAAAUAA